AUUCCCAACAUUUUGUGGCUUCCUAUUGAAAUAUAUAAUGUUUUUUUUGUUCGCUUUGCAAUGGAUAUAUUUUCGGAACUGGAUGGACAGUUUUGUUUUCUGACCUAGACCGUUUGACCGUUGCGAUGUCCUAGCUAGCUAGCUUAGCAAGAGUUGGCUAGCUAGCUAACGUUAUUUAGCGUCUACUCCGGAACAAGACUGGCUAGCUAGAUAGCUAAUAAUGUAUUGUCGAAAACAUACCAUUAUCCAUCUGGAUAGUUUAUGGAAAUUGGUGUUUUAGUCACAGAGUCAGUAAACUAUCAAGGAUAUCUAUAAUGACAGAACCCAGUUAACAGCGCUUGAGUGAGAAAUGAAUCUCUCUGAUUUCAUUCUAGCUAACGUUAACUAUCAAGACAAGACAAGACCGGUAACCUUGUAGCUAGUUAAGUUAAACUAGUCAAUAAUUGCGAGGUUCGCCAAAGUCCAAAGAAGAUGCAAUCGACCUUGAGGCAAACAACUAACAUUAGCUGGUUUAACUAGUUAACAAUUAACGUUAGCUAGCUCAUGAAAUCUAAUUCCACAUGUAGGCCUAGCUAGUACUUUAGUAAGGUUGUAAGUUUUAUGCACAAUAUUGCUAACGUUAAUGAAGACUUGUAUUGCCCUUUUUAACCAUGGUCCAGAGGAAGAGACUAUGUCUGUGAAUGAUGAUGGGUAUGUGGUGAGAAUUCGUGGCUUGCCUUGGUCCUGCACCCAGGAAGAGGUGGCAGGGUUCUUCUCUGAUUGUAACAUCGUCGGGAAAGUGAAUGGAGUGUGCUUCACGUUUUCCAAAGAAGGAAGGCCCAGUGGAGAAGCUUUCGUGGAGCUGAAAUCAGCAGAGGAUUUUAAAAAAGCCAUAGCAAAGGAUAGGAAACACAUGGGUCAUCGCUAUAUUGAAGUUUUCAAGUCAAACCGUAGCGAGAUGGACUGGGUGUUGAAACGCAGCGGCCCUACUGACUACGACAGCUGCAGCGGGUGUAUGAUACGUCUCCGGGGACUUCCUUUUGGCUGCAGUAAGGAGGAGAUAGUGCAGUUCUUUGCAGGGUUGAAAAUCGUGCCAAAUGGGAUAACAUUGCCGAUGGACUACCAGGGGAGGAGCACAGGGGAAGCCUUCGUGCAGUUUGCCUCAAAGGAGAUAGCAGAAAAGGCACUGGGGAAACACAAGGAAAGAAUAGGGCACAGGUACAUAGAAAUCUUUAAGAGCAGCCGGAAUGAGAUCCGGGCUUACUAUGAGCUCCCCAGAAGGAUGAUGGGGCAGAGACCCAGUCCCUACGACAGGCCCAUGAUGGAGCGAGGUGGGUUCUUCCCUGGUCCAGGACGGGGGGGUGCUCUUUUGGACCAAAUGCGUGGAGGAGGCUACAGUGGGGGCUAUGGCGGCUUUGACAACUACAAUGGCUUCAGUAAUUACUGUUUUGGCAAUGGCAUGUUUGAUGACCGAAUAAGGGGCGAUAGAGGAAGAGCUAUAGGUGGCCAUGGCUACGGUGGUGCAGGUGAUCAUAGCUCCCACAGCGGCUCCCACAGCGGCUUCCAUAGUGGCCAUUUUGUACACAUGAGGGGCCUGCCUUUCCGUGCCACUGAGGGAGACAUAGCCAAUUUCUUCUCCCCAUUGACACCUGUGCGAGUUCAUAUCGACUUUGGACCAAAUGGGAAAUCCACAGGCGAGGCCGAUGUUGAGUUUAGGUCUCAUGAAGAUGCUGUUUCAGCUAUGUCGAAGGACAAGAAUCACAUGCAACAUCGAUACAUUGAGCUCUUCUUAAACUCAACUGCUAGUGGAGCAUCUGAAAUGGGCCGCGGCGGCGGUUUCUAUGGUAACUCAGGAGGCAUGGGCUUGAGACGGAGUGGACUGAGGGGGAUGUUCUAAACAGGAGUAAUCACCAUUCUAAACCAAACGUUCAAGUCUUGAAGAUUUGUUUUGUAUUUGAAUGUUUUCACAUGUUCAGAAAAAGUACCUACUUAAAAUAUUUCCAGUCUCAAAGAGUGGAAUAAAAAGUAUAUAUUUGAGCAGUUGCAUAGGCUAACCAACUAUUGUACAUUUUACUUAAUACAUUUUAUAUUUAAUUCUGUGUCUCAGUUUAAGAUCAUUUCAAGACCAUUAGCUAUAAUGCAUAUUUUUGUUAAUUACUACUAUUGUUAGCUAAUUUCCCCUCUUCUGUCUGCAUGUUUCUACGCUUUACGGCUUGAUUCAAUCAGAUCGAGCAUAAACCUGUGUUUGCCGACAUCUGCAUAGCAGAUUUGGUGGCGGUUUUAGAUGUGUAACUGCAGUAUGAGCUGACUAAUCGGUGAACAGCUGCUCGUGUCAAACAAUUCCCUCAUCUCUACCAUGUUAGAAGUUGAAAACGGCGAUGGAAGUGUAGGCUCUAUCGAUGAUAGAAAGAAUAUUAAAGGUGUAAAAAAAAAAUCGGUGUCUAAAAAUACAGAUUUCCGAUUGUUAUGAAAACUUGAAAUCGGCCCUAAUUAAUCGUCCAUUCUGAUUUAAUCGGUCGACCUCUAGUCUGGUCUUUCUGAUUCCUCCCCAAUGUGUUUGUCGAAAUAGUUCAUUUUAUUAUUUCGGGCAAGUGAUCAUAGUCUUCGGCAACCAAAAAAUACCCAUGACGGACAACC